CCAUCGACCGUUUAUUAGGUGUUUUUAAAAAGGAUAUACAAUAAUCAGAUCUGGAGUUUAAGACGACAAUCAGGCAUGGAUCCAUUAAUAGAAGUUGUUGCUUUAAUCCUUGGAUUUUUGGGCUGGGUUAUGGUAGGAAUCGCCCUACCGAAUCGUUAUUGGAAAACCUCUACCAUUGACGGCACUGUUAUUACCACCUCUACCAUUUAUGAAAACUUGUGGAUGUCAUGUGCUACUGACUCCACUGGGGUCCACAACUGCCGAGACUUUCCAUCUUUACUUGCUCUGUCUGGUUACAUUCAAGCUUCACGUGCACUGAUGAUUGGCUCAGUGGUAAUGGGAACAUGUGGGUUGGUCUGCACUUUGAUUGGAAUGCAAUGCUCCAAAGCAGGAGGGGAUAACCUAAUCCUCAAAGGCAGGAUUGCUGGCAUGGGAGGAGUCUUUUUCUUGCUUCAGGGCAUUUGCACAAUGAUUUCUGUGUCAUGGUACGCAUUCAACAUCACACAAGACUUCUUCAACCCAAUAUACCCUGGGACAAAGUUUGAGAUUGGAGAGGGCUUGUAUAUUGGUUGGUGUUCUGCUGUUCUAGCCAUCUGUGGAGGGUCCUGUCUUCUUUGUGCAUGCAAAUUUGGCGAAGAAGGAGGAAAAGCGCCAUACUACAACCAAGGUGGCAGGACAGUAUACUCUGUAGCAGCAAACUCCAGGGGGGUGGUUGGUAGCACAUAUGAUCGAAAUGCAUAUGUUUAAGAAUGAUAAUUUCUGUACCAGGUCCAACAUAGUGUUCAUCUAUUACAAUCAGGCAUGGGACAAAUAUGCAUUGCACAUCACUUGCAUUAUUGGAAAUGCUUAAAUAUUUCUCUACUAUUCCUCUGUCCAUCUUCUGUUGAAUUUUAUUCUUUUUACACGUGUCAGUUAUGCUAUGUAAAAGUUAAUUUGACACCCACCUCUCUGUUGUAUCUAAUUCAAAUUAGAUUUCUUUUGUGACAAAUUAGUUUGUUGUAGGCCAUGACAUUAACUUGCCAGUUUUGUGUUUCAAGACAAAACCAAGGCAUUGAUGAUUAAAGUUUUUUUUUUAUCUGGAUACCCGUCAAACACACAUCUCAUUGUAGGCCACAGAUAUAUCCUACAACAUAGGUUUCGAUGUGAUGCAUGUAUAUAGUGUACAAUAUGAUUUUUUUUUACAUUUUGUCAUGAGACAUUUUUUUUAA